AUGAUUAGUCUUGUAGCUCUUAUUUUGACUCUCAUUGCUUCUUCAAUCGCAACGCCUAUCGCUCUUUCGCCCCCGGCCCCGAAUCUUUCAGCCAGCCUGCAAGGCCGGGCUCUGACUACCGCAAAGUAUCGGGCGGUUAGAGACGCAGCGCGGAUAUCUGCAACACGUCUUUUGCCCGGCGAGUGGCAUUACUUCCGGGUUUGCGUUCUUCUCACGGAGGCUCCAGAAAACGAUAUCCAGAGAGACACUGGGUGCGACCACCACAUGUUUCUUGUGGGCUCAGUGAGUCAGGAAUCUCACGAGGCUGCAAUAAAAUUCGAGGGAACCCUUUAA